CAUUGGACUGUUAGAACUUACAACGCUUGUGGUAUAACCUUCGUUGACGCCUUUUGGGAGUCUCAAUGAUGGGAUUCUCAAUGGCAGCUUCGUUGGGUUCCCAUAUUGUGCUGAGAGGCACUUGUGAAACAAGAAUCAAGUGCCAAUUAUUCCGCAGAACAGAGCAGAAUAGCGUUGGUUUCAAGUUCUCAAAACACAAGGCCAUUCCAACAGCAAUUUUUCUAUGCAAGCAAGAGUCAACUGAGUUGGACGAGAGGAAGAGCCCAAAUGAGGUUAGAGAAGAGAUCAAACAAUGUUAUGAACUCAUAAAAAGAUUAGGGAGAGGAGUUGUGUAUCUAGGUUCUUCAAGGAUGGGGCCCAGCCAUUCACAUCAUGUGCAAGCACAAGAGCUGGCUAAAGAGAUCGCAAAUCUUUUGGACUGCACUUCAUGGUCAGGGGCUGGACCAGGGCUAAUGGAUGCCGUUACUCAAGGUGCCCUACUAGCAGGAAGACCAGUUGGUGGAUUCAAGAUAGGAAAAGAAGCUGGGGAGUGGACAGCAUCUAAUUUCCAUCCGUACUUACCAUCAGAAAAUUACCUUACCUGCAGGUUUUUCUCUGCAAGGAAGCAUGGGCUGGUGGAUGCUGUAGUGAGGAACAAUGCAUUUGAUAAGACUGCUGUUGUUGCCCUUCCCGGUGGGAUUGGAACCCUAGAUGAGGUGUUUGAGAUACUAGCAUUAAUUCAGCUAGAACGGAUUGGAUCAAAGCUUCCUGUUCCCUUCGUGUUGAUGAACUAUGAUUCAUUUUAUUCAAAGCUUCUUGACUUUUUAAAUGUUUGUGAGGAUUGGGGAACUGUCUCUAAAGGAGAGGUUGCAUCAUUGUGGAAGGUUUGUAACAGCAACUCUGAAGCUUUAGCUUACCUGGCUGACUUCUACUGCAUUUCUUCCAGUGACACAAGUAAGAAUGUAACUAAAUUGUAUAGCACCCAUGAAUCACCCUCCUGAUAAGAAUUUUGCUUUCAUUUUUUUUUUUCUGAAUAUUAAGUAGUUGUUUUCUUUCUUAACAAAGCUUGAACUGCAUAAUAUUCUGUUAAACUAUGGUUGACGGUUGACAUGUGCAGUUGCAAAAUUCUAAUUGCAUACAAAUUUAUCUUCAGAUUCAUCUAUAGUCAUAUUUGUGAUUUG